AUGUUCUUGAGGUCGUUUUCUCCGAGAUCGAUCAAUGGACUCCGACGGGCCCGGCGGGAGUUCUCGACGACGGCCUCUGCGCGAGCCGACUUCACCCACGUCGUCGUGGGAGGCGGCGCGGUAGGCCUCGCAACAGCGCGCGCCCUCGCCCAGCGCCCGGGGACGUCGACGGUCCUACUCGAGCGCCACGGCGCCGUCGGCACGGAGACGUCGUCGCGCAACAGCGAGGUCAUCCACGCGGGCAUCUACUACGGGGCGGGGACCCUCAAGACGUCGCUCUGCAUCCGCGGCAAGGAGCUGCUCUACGCCUUUUGCCGCGAGCGCGGCGUCGCGCACGCCAACACGGGCAAGUGGAUCGUCGCGCAGACGAGCGCCCAGCGCGAGGCCCUCGAGCGCGUGCACGACUUUUGCAACAACGAGAUCCACGUCCCCGUGCGCUGGGUCGCGGCCGAGGAGGCGCAGAGGCUGGAGCCGGACGUCCGGGCCGAGGCCGGUGUGCUCGAGAGCCCCACGACGGGCAUCGUGGACUCGCACGGCCUGAUGGUCGGGCUGAUGGGCCUCUUCGAGGAUGCCGGGGGCGUCGUGGCGCUGAGCUCCGCCGUGACAGGGGUGACGCCGCUUGGGCAGAAAGGCAGCGCCGGGUGGGAGGUGCGCGUGCGGGAUCCCGCGACGGGGGAGGAGAGCGCCGUGACGGCCGAGGUGCUGGUCAACGCCGCGGGGCUGGGCGCCGUCGACGUGCACAACAUGAUUGUGCCCGCGGCGGAGCGGCGCGCCAUGUACUACGCCAAGGGCAACUACUUCUCCUACGCGAGCUCGGCGCCCAAGGUCGGCAGGCUCAUCUACCCGGCGCCGGAGCCCGGCGCCGGCGGGCUGGGGACGCAUCUGACGCUGGACCUCGCGGGGCGGGUACGCUUCGGCCCGGACGUGGAAUGGGUCGAUUCGGCCGACGACCUGGCCGUCAACGGCGCCAGGUUGCCGGCGGCCAUUGACGCCAUCAAGAGAUACCUGCCGGGCCUCGACGAGAGCUGUCUGGAGCCGGACUACGCGGGCAUCCGGCCGAAGCUGGGCAAGUUCGGGGCCGUGGGGCACGGCACAGGGUUCCACGACUUCAUCAUCAGGAAGGAAGACGGCUACGAGGGAUGGGUCAACCUGCUGGGCAUCGAAAGCCCCGGCCUUACGAGCUGUCUGGCCAUCGCGGAACGGGUCGACGAGAUACUCUACGGGUAA